AUGAUAGGUCCUCUUUUAAACUGUCGGGCAUCUUCAAUCGGUGGUUCUCCUCAAAGAGCGGUCACAUGUGACCGUGACGUGAUGCCUUCUCUUCAGCGCUACCUUCGUAGCAUUUACCGCGUCGGGUUUCGAGCAUGGUGGAGGCAGCUCAACUACAUCGGAGACGCCAAAUCUGGUAGAUUUGUGGGUGCAGACCAGUUCGGGAACAAAUACUUUGAGAACUAUAACGCGGAGGAAGAAGUUCCUGGCCGCCAGCGCUGGGUUGACCUCGCGCAGCACCAUUACCACGCCUCUCAAGUCCCACCGGAAUGGCAUUCUUGGAUAUCACACAUUCGCAAAGACCCACCCACGGAGGAUCCAGUCAUGCAGGCUUCGAAGCAACCUUGGCAACUUCCUUGGACAGAGAACUUGACGGGAACAAGAGGCGCAUAUAGACCGUAUAACACCGCUGCACCAAAAAUCAAGGCAUGGGAGCCUGCCAGUGCUCCUCGCGCCUGA